CUCCGCGCUCCCGCAGACGCGCACAGAUCUGCGGUGCGGCGCGGCGCGGUGCGGUGCGGUGCUCUCUCUCUCUCACACACACACACACACACACGUUAUACUGCGGGGGAAAUGAAACACACUGCGGCUGCCGGAGCAGCAGACGAGCUGGGCAGACCCGACCUCUCCGCCGCCUCCUCCUCGGCUCCUCCGCUGCCACCGCGGGACCCCGCGCUCCGUCCGGCCGCAUCAUGCCGCGGUCUCUCCCUGCGCCCGAGCUCCCAUCGCCUGGUUGGAUCUCAGCUGAGUGAAAGAGAAAGUCCACACUGGAUUUGAACGUGCGCACUUUAAAAAAACAAAAAAACAACAACAACAUUUUUUUUCUUUGAUUAUUUAACUCCAGCUACUUUCCUCCUGGUCUCCAUCUUCUCUCGCAUUGUUGGAUUAUUCCCGACUCAAGGAGAUAUGUUGGUUUUGUUUGUGAUCACUCUGGCCUUGUUGUCAGAUUCAGGUCUGUCGGCGGAGAUGUUUCGCGCAGGCGUGGCUCCUCGCUGCGAGAGCCGGGCCUGCAACCCCCGCAUGGGCAACUUGGCCCUGGGCCGCCGGGUCCUGACGCAGACCGUGUGCGGCAACAACGGCACCGAGCUCUACUGCUCGUACGCCGACCCCGACGCCAACCUGGCCUGCGGCGCCGCCAAGUGCGCCAAGUGCAACGCCGGCCUGCCGCUCCUGUCCCACCUGGCCGGGGCCAUGUCCGACUCCUCCUUCCGUCACCCGAACACCUGGUGGCAGUCGGCCGAGGGGGCGGAGUCCGAGACGGUGCAGCUGGACCUGGAGGCCGAGUUCUACUUCACGCACCUCAUCGUCGUGUUCCGCUCGCCGCGGCCGGCGGCCAUGACCCUGGAGCGGUCGCAGGACUUUGGCCGGACGUGGAGGAUGCUGCAGUACUACGCCGGCAACUGCAGCCACGCCUUCGGGCUGGAGGAAGGAAAGGCGGGAGCGGGCCGGGACGGGGCCACCUGCACGUCCAAAUACUCAGGGGCGUAUCCCUGCAACCGGGGAGAGGUGAUCUACCGAACGCUCCCGAGGUGGGAGUCCCUGGACCCGUUCGGGACGGAGGGCCAGCAGCAGCUGAGGGUGACCAACGUGCGCGUCCGGCUGCUGAAGCGCCAGCCGUGUCCCUGCCGGGCCAAAGACCGCGCCGCCGCCGCCGCCGAGCGCGGCGAGGCUCUCCCGACCCAACACUUUGCCAUCUACGACCUGAUCGUGAAGGGGAGCUGCUUCUGCAACGGGCACGCCGAGCAGUGCGUCCCCGCAACGGGAUACCAGCCCAUCCGGGACCGCACCAACCACGUGGUCCAUGGGAAGUGUGUGUGCAGACACAACACUGCAGGUGAUCACUGCGAGCUCUGCGCUCCGCUCCACAACGACCGGCCGUGGCAGCCGGCUGACGGGUUGACGGGGGCGCCGCACGAAUGUCGGAAGUGCAAGUGCAACGGACACGCCCGGAGCUGCCGCUUCGAUUGGUCGGCGUGGCGCGAGUCCGGCCAGCGCAGCGGCGGCGCGUGCGACUGUCUGCACAACACGGAGGGACGCCAGUGUCAGAGGUGCAAGGCCGGCUUCUACCGGGACGCCCAGCGGCCGCAGACCGCCCCCGACUCCUGCAAACCAUGCAACUGUCACCCCUUGGGCUCCAUGGCCUUCCACCUGGCUGACGGCUCGCCCUGCGACCCCUCCAACGGAAACUGCAUCUGCAAGCCGGGGGUCGGCGGCGCCCACUGCGACAGGUGCAUGGUGGGAUACUGGGGCUUCCACGAGUACGGCUGCCGCCCGUGUGACUGCGCGGGAGACUGCGAUCCCUUCACUGGAGACUGUAUGUUUGGCUCUGAUCUGGACCUGCACAACUUGGAGGGAAACUCCAGUGAGCCGGUCAGUAUCUUCAGACCCGACGAACUCUUCUCUGCCCUCCACUACUCAGAGAAGUGUGAGUGCAAAGAGCAAGCGCUGACCAACAGUAAACUCUUCUGCACCAUGAAUUAUGCAUACGUGCUGAAGGUGAAAGUGCUGUCGGCCCACGAUAAGGGCUCCCACGCCGAGGUGGAGGUCAAAGUUCAGAAGGUGCUCAGUCAGACCACCAAGGUGAAGAUACUGCAAAGUCGAGUCACCCUUUACCCCGAGUCCUGGACCGCACGGGGCUGCACUUGCCCCAUCCUCAACCCAGGGGUGGAGUACCUGGUGGCCGGACACUCGGACCGCAAGCAGGGCCGCCUGCUGGUCAACAUGAAGAGCUUCGUCAAGCCGUGGAAGGCGAGUCUGGGCCGCAAGGUCCUCACGCUACUCAAAAAACACUGCAACUGGUAGCCGGACGCUUGAAAACCCCCCGGAGAACUGAUGGACUGACGUCAAACCCUGGAUAUGUGUUUUUCUUCUCCAGUUCCAGAUGUGGAAUAUUGAUUCGCGUGGGAAUUUUCCUGGGCAGACAUUCGAAAACCCUAGUGGCGGACUGCACAAGCAGUCAAAAGCACGCGGGAUGUCAUUUUUUUGUCAAGACAUAUCGGCCUCACGUCUGAGCAGACUGUCUCAAAACUCUUGCAUCCCUUAUGUCGUAGUCGAGCGAAUGUUUCCUUUGCUGUUUGUUGCUGCAGCUCAAGAAAUUGAGGAAUCCCCCCCCCCCGAUCCACUAAUAGACACAUUUUUUGUCAAAUUGAAUUUCCUCCUCUCUGCAGCACUUUAGCCUAAAAUGGACUGAGGGACCGCGGACGCACAAUGAGAGGACGAUUAAACACACGAUGACGAACUACAAAUCGCUGGACUAUGGAUGGAGUCCGCCCGCUCCCUAUGUGCUCCUUUGCGCGGUGGACUCACAUCCAUAGAGGCAGUGUGUGUGUGUGUGUGUGUGUGCGCGAGUGCGCGUGCAUGCGUGCGUGUGUGUGUGCUGCAGACACAUGAUGUGCAAAAAAAAGCACCCAGAGUGACGCUGUUCAAGCCAUACAAGCCACUACAGGUGGUUAAAUCUUAGCCAGUCCAGGUGUGUCUGUGUUGAAAUCGGAGUGAAUGGGGUUUUACCCCGAACGUGAAUGUAUUUGCCUGACUGACAGUUUUUUUUUGGGGGGGGGGGGGGGGGGGGGGGUUUGCAAAAUGCGUGUGUGCACGUGAGCCUCAGAAAAGAGAGCGAGCGGUUGAAUGCAGCCGGUACACAGUAUGAGCACAGUCCAGAUUCAGUCCAGCUCUUCAACUUUGUGUUUUUUUUGUAGCCGUUCCAACGUUUAUGACACAUGACUGUGUGUAUUGAUUCCUCUCAUAUUACACUCCACUGCUGAAUUCAGAUCAUUCUUGUUAUUCCUUCCUUCAUUGCUCUUGUACAGUAUUAUUUGUACAUAUCUAUAUAAAUAUUAUUGUUAAUCUUUC